AUGGCCUUCACCUUCGCCGCCUUCUGCUAUAUGCUCACACUUGUCCUGUGUGCUGCACUUAUCUUCUUUGUCAUAUGGCAGAUCAUUGCAUUUGAUGAACUGCGAACUGACUUUAAAAACCCCAUCGACCAGAGCAACCCAACCAGAGCGAGAGAGAGAAUCCUGAAUAUCGAGAGAAUCUGCAACUUACUCAGGAGGUUGGUGGUUCCUGAAUAUUCUAUCCAUGGUUUGUUCUGUCUGAUGUUCCUGUGUGCUGGUGAGUGGGUGACACUUGGUCUCAACAUCCCCCUGCUCUUCUACCACAUGUGGAGGUUUUUCCACCGGCCAGCUGACGGCUCUGAGGUGAUGUACGACCCUGUCAGUGUGAUGAAUGCAGAUAUUCUUAAUUACUGCCAAAAAGAGUCAUGGUGCAAACUGGGCUUCUACCUGCUCUCCUUCUUCUACUACCUGUACAGCAUGGUUUACGCUCUGGUCAGCUUCUGA